UGGCUUAUCUGUAGUUUGUGGGAGGCCAUGGGACCUUGAUUCCUAGGUUGGAUUUUUCUCUCACCACAGCGGGGGCAGAUUGGAUUUUUCUCCCUCUUUCUUGUUGCCAAGUUUCUUCAAGGCUGCGUUGUAGCAAUUUGAGAGUCUAAAGGAUCAGCUUCCAGUGGAACCCAAAGAUAAGGAAGAGCUUCUGACUGUGACUAGACUCCCAAUGGAUCCAUCAGACAUUAAUCCAACCCGGACUCAGGCUUGUCCUCAAAUGUUCGUUGAGGAAAAUUCCCAGGAAAUGCCAGCUGCCUCUCAACCCGUCUCCGAUGUGUUCAUACAGAACCUCAGUAACUUGACGCUCAACCCUAGUACACGGGUGACAUCCAUUCACCCAGAAUAUCCACCUCAACCAACUGAACAGAGACCCGCCUUUCAAUCUGUCUCCGAUGUAUUCAUAAAGAACUUCAGUCAUUUGACUCUCGACCUGAAUACAAAAUUGCCAUCCAUUCAACCAGAAUAUCCAUCGCAAGCAACUAGGGGGCGACUUGGGGAAGAUGUCAUCUACAGGAAGAAAGGGGUGAGGAUGAUGCUGAGUGCUCGCAGACCGAGAGUGGAAUGGCUGAUUCGAUACACGGUUCGGCGAACCUCUGACAAAAUCAAGAAUGGAAAGACUUAAAUACACCUGUACUUACUGCCUGUAUAAUAGAGAUCCUGCUGAGGGUAAUUAUGAGAAUAAUUAUAAUAGUACUUAUGACGAUGUUGAUGACAGUAAUUCUGACGCCGAGUAGGUUGAGGCAUCACCUUAUUCUUUACUGUUUUUUUUCUCACUAGUAAUUGUAGGAUGAUUAUAUAGCGGCUUGGAAAAGAUUGUGAACCAAUACUUUGAUAACCUAUAAGUUCUCUGAUACCUCUUUUCCUAUAUCUCUUUUUCUACCUACUAAAUACAGGUAACUUAUGAGGAAUCUAUAUAGUUUGCAUUUGAGGGACUUGACUGUACUUUAGUUCCACUUUGAUUUGACACAAAGAAGCACUAACUGGUCUCAGGUUUUGCCUGUUUUGGAAGCCUCAAGUCCAGACGUGAAACCUAGCAUCAAGAAUUUGAAACAGGAAUUCUCAUCAUGGCUCAGUGAUGAUGUACCCGAUUAGUAUCCAUGAGGUCCAGGGUUCGAUCUCUGGCCUUGCUCAGUGGGUUAAAGUUUUUGGCAUUGCCGUGAGCUUCUGUGUAGGCUGCAGAUGAGGCUCAGAUCUGGUGUUGCUGUGUCUGGGACAUAGGCCAGCAGCUGCAGCUCCAAUUCAAUCCCCUGCCUGGGAACUUCCAAGUGCCGGCCCUAAAAAGACCAAAAAAAAAAAAAAAGAAUGUGAAGCAAAUCAACUUGUGUGGGAAGAAUCUAAAGAAAAUGUUGGUAGUUUGGCUAGAAUAUCACUAGAGCAGCUAUUGAAUUGUUAGAAAAAUUUUUGAUGUGCUGUUUUAAUUUUCUGUAGCAAAUAAAUGUGCACAGAGGAUGAUCUGAUUAAAACUUGAGACAUUUGAGUACCUUUAAAUAAAAUUCUUGUUCUUAUUUUAAACUUAUUAUUGCUAGCUAUGUAAAUAAACAAUACUUACCCCA